CUCAGGUUCACACUCAUAACCUCACACUCACACACACCGGGUCAGUACACACACACACACACACACACACACACACACUCCAGCACAUCAUCAUGGCGUUCAACGGCACAUGGAAAGUGGACCGCAGUGAGAACUACGAGAAGUUCAUGGAGCAGAUGGGCGUGAACCUGGUGAAGAGGAAGCUCGCGGCUCACGAUAACCUGAAGAUCACGCUGGAGCAGAAGGGUGACAGCUUCCACGUGAAGGAGGUCAGCGCCUUCCGCACCCUGGAGCUGGACUUUACCCUGGGGGUCAACUUCGAAUACUCGCUCGCCGACGGCACCGAGCUCGCGGGGACCUGGGCGAUGGAGGGCGACACAAUGAAGGGAUCCUUCACCCGUAAAGACAACGGCAAAGUCCUGACCACCACCAGGCAGAUCAUCGGAGAAGAACUUAUCCAGAGCUACAGCUACGAGGGAGUGGAGGCCAAGAGGAUCUUUAAGAGAGGCUGAGAAGAGGAGGAUCCUGAACUGAAGCGCCGGUUCUGCUACUAUUGCACUGUGAAUUUUCAUAUUUAAGGAAGUAAAGCCACUGUUCAGAUGUA